AGCAUUGUGAAAAUCGUGCUCGAUUGCACCGUUCGCUGCCUCCAUGCCGGCGCUGAAACAUAAAUCCCACAGAUUCAUCGUUCUUACCACUGUUCGCAUUGAAGGCGGCGCUAUUGAUUUCCAUCACUUUCAUGUGCUACCACAGGAUGUUUGUGACUACGAUCGAUGUAACGUAAGUCCUUCGGUAACACCGUUUCUUUAUAACGACCACUUAGUCAGCAUUUCUUUCUUUGCUUUUAGUCUCAAAGAUUAUCAUCGAUUCGAAAUUCCAUCGGUACCACGAUUUUUCGACUUGCGCAACCCCCGUGUUCUCAAGUUAUGGCAUACGAAAAAACCCCAGCCAGCCAUUCAUCUGGACAAUCGAUAUCGACUGAUGAGACACGAGCCAAUGCUCGACGUCGAUGGAAACGAAACCAACGAAAUCGGCGAGGACGACAUGAUCGACAUAAAGGAUCCACCGAAGGAAGGAGAAAAGGAUCGAGAAUAAUGGAUAUUUAAGCCUGCGAAACUAUUUGAAACUUUACGGCGUAAGAUUUUAGGUUGGUCGAAAAGCAGGGGCCAGGGCACAAUCUUUAAUGAGAAAUAACACAAAAAUUGGACAGGACAAUCCUCGAAGGACUUGCAACCCGAAGAGGAUUAGGUAUUCCUCAAAAGUCGCCGUAAAGUACGAAAUUGUUCGAACCGAUGUGACCGUUCUCUCGUGCCGACCUCUAAUCUUUCCUUUCGAAAUCCCGAAAAUCCCUUGGUUGUCUCUCCGUUUCCCUCUCGCUUUUCACCCGCCAUCCGCGCGUCAAAAUUAUUCUUUCGGAAACACAAAAAUUUAUGUAGGAUGAGAAUUGCUCGUAGAAAUAAACAAAAUAAAAGAAAAAUUAUCGUCAUAUAUUUUCCUCUUUCGAGCGAUUUUCGACGCCUACUAAAUGACCUUCCACGUACAUUUACGAUUAAGGGAAUGGGAGAGAAAGAAAGAGGACGUUUCGUCCUCGAAACUUUAGCUGGAAUUUUAAUUUCCCAGAGACCUAAUCCCAUCCCCGCAUCAAAGCGUAUCCGCAUUCACGUAUCUAAUUAAGAGAGACGGUCGAGAAGAGCUACUAAUCGCAAACUUUUCUACUCUUAUUUUUCUCAGCUCCAGCAUAAAAUAAUUUCUUCCACCUAUGAAGUGAAUUCUUUCCAAGAGAACCUGACAAAUUUUGGGAACGUAUUCGCAAACACCGUUGUCAUUCGACAUUCGCAACAAACUAUUCCGCAUAACAACAUAAUUUAUACCCAACACCCUGAUGUCUCUCGCAUCGGACGCAAUCCAAACGACAAGGUCGUUGUCUUGCGUCUAAAUAAAUUAUAAUUUUAAUUUGCUAAAUCGAGAGUAAUCGAAACGAUGCUUUUACGUAAGAGUAAACAACGAUCAAGGGGAGGGGGGAGAGAGAGAAAAGCAAAAAGAAGAAGAAGAAAAAAAAAAGAAAAAGCGCAAAGAUAAUAAUGGCACCGACGUCUCUCUUGGCAGGACAAGACGUAUAGAGGCGGCCGUGUUUGAGCUUGCCGAUCGAGUUAUAUCCGGAACGUUGUUAUCUCGAGUUAUAUCGAGAGUACAAGCGAAAAUAGGUUGAAAUCUUGCACCGUACUAAUUUAGGGCGUGGUACCGGUGCCUGUUGGUGGCUCGUAAAAGAGAGGAAAAUGACAAGUCGUGUCGAUAGGUCCCCACCCCCCCUCCCUCCCCAUCGAUCGAAAACUUUGCCGACGUUGACCCGAUUGCGUCGAUUUAACUCACGACGCGUGUAUUUUUUUUUUUUUUCCUUUUUACCCAAAGCUACCAAAAGCGCGCUUUUUUCCUUCUAUCUCGAUCGAGCUCGUUAACUCUAUAACAAUUAGGAAUCAGCGUCGAUGAGAAAUCGCAUAGAUGCACCAGGUGACGACGGUAGUAGCAACGACAGAGAACGGCAUAGAUCGAGCGUACUCCCACUCUCCUUUUCGGUUCGACGUCGAUCUUCCGCCAUAAUGGUCAGAGCACAGUCAAUGUUCGGCAGCUGUUGCUUUUCCUCGCACACGAAUACAUAUAUCUUGUUAAGGCUGGUUUAACGUCCUCCUUACACACUCCUCUCUCGUGCCAAGGUAGACCGUUUCUUCCUCGAGAUUCAUUCUCGAUGCGGUCUGAAGGACUACGAGCUGUUUCCACGAGGCUAGAGCGCGCGCGCGCGCGUGUGUGUGUGUAAAUGAGAGAGAGGAGACGUAUCGUAUCAUCGGCAAGGAGCGCAACAACGGGUCACCGAGCAGCAGCAGCAGCAGCCAUAUCGUCAGUGGCCGCUAGCAACGUCAUCGACAACACAACACACAUACAUACACCAUGUGUCCUCGCGACAAAGAGCUCAUUCAACGGCGGACAAUGGGCCUCCUCUCCCUUCUCUCUCGGCUUACAACAGCACCGUUCGUGUCGUGCUUUACAACACCAACUUGAAAACCGAAAACUGGAAGAGAGAUUGCCAAUGGGCUUCGAUGGAUUUUUUAGAUACUCGUAUACACAUAUUUCGCUCGGAUAAACUUUAAAAGAUAAAGAUGGAGAAGAACAUAUGAGUGCCAUAAAUGGUCAGAUCGUUGAUCCUUCAAGACGGUUGAUGGAUGGCCGAGGAUUCAUCAAGACCGUUCAUUGAACGACUGGCACAAAAAUAAAGAAAGACAACUAGAGCGAGAGAGAGAGAGAGAGCAUCGCGUGCCGAGCCUUAUGAACGACGACGACGAAGAUACGUCUGGUGCAUCCCAAUCGUGGUUGGCCUUCGCUCUUUGAAUGAGAACCAUCGUGCCGUUAGCAAUUUAGCAAAGCUCGCUGUCGGCAACAACGAAGCUCCUUCAGGAUGAACGAACCGAGAAAAAGAGAGAAGUCGGUCUCUCUUUUCUCGUUUCUUCGCUCUGAGACUCCUCUCACGAGACGAAAAACGAGAAGAGAAACGCACGAUGGUCCUCCAUAUAUCUCUCUUUCUCUUUCUUCCGUACGUGCAGAACUAAGAGAGAGAGAGGGAGAGAGAGAGAGAGAGAGAGAGAGAGAGAGAGAAGCUACUAUCUCUUGCAAUGCCAGUUCAAAGUUUCGUCUGGUAAAAGCGAGCUACUCGAGAAAGGGUGUGGCUUGCUUGUGUUGCACGAAGGAGGAAUAUAUCUCUAGGUGCAUACACGCGCGCUCACACACACACAAACACACACACACGCGCAAAUGUAUAAUAUACGUGGAAGAAGACGAGUGGUGCUCGAGGUGAACCGCGAGAUGAGAGGAAAGGUGCCGUCUGCUCGGACUAAACUGCUUGUUUUCAACGAAGUAGGAGAAGUAGCUUUACCUUCAAAGCGACCGCUCCUGACCACGGACUCGAUUUUAUUGGUUGAGUACGACGUUGCCUCCGGUGGCUCUAGAGAGACACGCUCGCGAGUCCUCCGAUGAUCGUCUUACGACGAGCGCUCUCCUUUAUCCCCCUGGUAAAUUGGCCUUUAUUGUUUCUCAAAUAGACGCAUGCACGUGCAAUAUUUACCGUAGAACGAACGAAUAAAAUCAAGGAAUUAGAUUCAAAGAAUAGUUAUAUCUCUAAGUCCCUUUUUCUUCAUUAAAGUCACGCAUGACCUGUUGCUCUCUCUGUCGCAAUACGAUGUGGCAAAACCGGCCCCGUGAGUGAUUUUAAAACGGCAGACAUUUCGUGACAGGUUGCAGCAUCGAAG